GCCGCCGCCAUCUUGUGAAGCGCCGCUGUGUUUGUGCGCUCCGAGCGGGCUCUCGGCUGGGCGGGCGGUCGGUCGGUCGGUCGGGCCGCGGAGGCGAAGUCAGCCGCACGCCGCGGGCUGCGGUUCGUGCUCAUACUUUCAAUCAUUUAUGGUCUGGUGCUGAAAGCAAAAACACAAGAUGUUCUACGCUCACUUUGUGUUGAGUAAACGUGGGCCGCUUGCCAAAAUUUGGCUUGCAGCCCACUGGGACAAGAAGCUCACGAAAGCCCAUGUAUUUGAAUGUAAUCUGGAGAGCAGCGUGGAAAGCAUAAUUUCCCCCAAGGUCAAGAUGGCUUUGCGAACCUCUGGGCACCUUUUGCUUGGUGUGGUAAGGAUUUAUCAUAGAAAAGCCAAGUAUCUUUUGGCCGACUGCAAUGAAGCCUUCAUAAAGAUUAAAAUGGCUUUCCGACCAGGUGUGGUCGAUCUUCCAGAAGAAAACCGGGAAGCUGCAUACAACGCUAUCACUUUGCCUGAGGAAUUUCAUGAUUUUGAUCAACCAUUACCUGACCUAGAUGAUAUCGACGUGGCUCAACAGUUUACGCUGAACCAGAGUAGAGUGGAAGAAAUCACAAUGAGAGAGGAAGUGGGCAACAUCACUAUAAUUCAGGAUAAUGACUUUGGUGAUUUUGGAGUUGAUGACCGGGAGAUUAUGCGAGAAGGAAGCACAUUUGAAGAAGAUAUAAUGGGAAGCACUAGCGAUUCCAAUCUGUUGUUGGACCCAGUGCAGAACACCACAGCUCAGCUUGCUGAGAAAACCAAUCAUCUGGUAUAUGAUGAUCCCCUCAAAAAUGAUGGAUUUGGAGAUGGUAUUGAUGGUGGAAUUCUUGAUGAUAAGCUUUUAAGUCAUAACGAUGGCGGUAUCUUUGAUGACCCACCUGUGUUAACGGAUGGAGGAGUAUUGAUGCCAGAACCUGUUUGUAAUGAUGAUGAGGAUGAUGUCAUGUCCAUGGGUGGACCUGAUAGUCCAGGCUCCGAUGACCCUGUUGAACCUAUGCCAACAAUGACUGAUCAGACGACCUUAGUACCAAAUGAAGAGGAAGCAUUCGCAUUGGAACCAAUAGAUAUAACUGUUAAGGAAACAAAAGCCAAGAGGAAGAGGAAGCUGAUUGUAGACAGUGUAAAAGAACUGGACAGCAAAACUAUUCGGGCACAGCUAAGCGAUUACUCUGACAUUGUAACUACGUUGGAUCUUGCACCACCCACCAAGAAACUUAUGCUCUGGAAAGAGACUGGUGGUGUGGAGAAGCUGUUCUCGCUUCCAGCUCAACCUCUCUGGAAUAGCAGGCUGUUGAAACUGUUCACACGUUGCCUCACACCAAUUGUCCCAGAUGAACUGCGAAAAAAGAGAAAGGGAGGUGAAGCAGACAAUUUGGAACAAUUCCUGAAAGAGAUUGAAAAUCCAGAAGUCCCAAGGGAGGAGCAACAACCACAACUGCAGCAGCGUGAUAUAAUUGGUGAACCCAUCUUGGAGGAGCCCAGUCACUUGCAAGAAUCUAUAUUAGAAAGCAGUAGGACUGCACUAGAUGAGUCAAUUAUGCCACCACCACAGAGAGUUUCCAAACGCAAAUCAAAGGAAAUGGAAACUGAGCCUCCAUUACCUCAAGAAGAGCAACAACAGCCACAGCAACAAAAGCAGGAAUUGCAAAUUCCACCUGUAGAGUGCCUCCCUGAGGAGCAAAUGCACAUCACUGACCUUGUCCCAGAACUUGCAGAUCUGCAAGAGAAAAAGAAAGAUGAAGACGAGGAAGAGGAAGAGGAAACAGUAGGAGGUGAUCAGGAUCAGGAAGAAAGGCGGUGGAAUAAGAGAACUCAACAAAUGCUUCAUGGUCUACAGAGAGUUUUGGCUAAAACGGGAGCUGAAUCUAUUAGCCUGGCAGAUCUAUGUCGAAAAAAUAACCGAAAACAAGCGGCUGCAAAAUUCUACAGUUUCUUGGUACUGAAGAAGCAACAGGCAAUUGAACUUGCGCAGACUGAACCUUACAGUGACAUUAUAGCAACACCAGGACCCAGAUUCAAUAUUGUCUGAUUGAUCUUAAAGGGCUAGUGUUUAUUCACUAGAUAUGUAUUGCCCCAAAUGGGGAACAGAGACCAUUACAACUCUUUGAUAUGAUGGUUUUAAUGUAUAUUGACUAUUGAAAGAUUAUUUUGAUCAGAGAACUCCAUUUUUUGGGGAUAGGUGUGUUAUUCCAGUGUUUAUGGCAAAUAUAAAUAAUUCUCACUCCUUGUCAGGUUUUAUACUGAAAAAUCAUGAUUGGAGAAAUACCUAAUAUUUCAGAUUACGAAUACAUUUAGUAUGUUUCUGUGCAGACAUAAUUAUGGGUUUGUUGAUUGCAUUAUUUGAAACUGUCAGGUAGAUACAAAAUGCUGGAGUAACUCGGAGGGUGAGCCAGCAUCUAUGGAGAUAACGAAUGGGUGACUUUUUGGGUUGAGACCCUUCUUCAGACUGAUGCCAGGGGAGGGGGCGGGACGAAUAAUGUAGGCAGAGACAGUAAGACCAGUGGGAGAAUUGGGAAGGGGGAGGAGUGAGAAAUCAGGGGCUACCUGAAGUUGGAGAAGUCAACAUUCAUACCACUGGGGUGUAAAUAAACUACCCAAGCGAAAUAUGAGGUGCUGUUCCUCCAAUUUGCGCUGGGUCUCGCUCUGACAAUGGAGGAGGCUCAGGACAGAAAGGUCAGAUUGGGAAUGGGAGGGGGAGUUGAAGUGCUGAGCCACCGGGAGAUCAGAUUGGUUAAGACGGACUGAGCGGAGGUGUUCAGUGAAAGGAUCGCCAAGCCUGCCCUUGGUUUCGCCGAUGUAGAGAAGUUGACACCUGGAACAGCAGAUGCAGUAGAUGAGGUUGGAGGAGGUGCAAGUGAGCCUCUGCCUCACCUGGAAAGACUCCAUUGUCAGAGUGAGACCCAGUGCAAAUUGGAGGAACAGCACCUCAUAUUUCACUAGGAUAGUUUACACCCCAACUGUAUGAACAUUGACUUCUCCAACUUCAGGUAGCCCUUGCUUUCUCUCUCUUUCCCCUCCCCCUUCCCAGUUCUCCCACUAGCCUUGCUGUCUCCGCCUACAUUAUUUUUCCCGCCCCCUCCCCUGACAUCAGUCUGAAGAAGGGUCUCGACUUGAAACGUCACCCAUUCCUUCUCUCCAUAGAUGCUGCCUCACCCGCUGUGUUACUCGAGCAUUUUGUGACUACCUUCGAUUUUACCAGCAUCUGCAGUUCUUUCUUAAACAUUUGAAAAUGUCACUUGUGUACCACCAUUGCUGGUCGAUUAUCUCAAUAAGAUGCCAUUUCAUAAAAUUAAAUUUACAUCUCAGUACUAUGAAGAGUUGGGGAUGAAUGCUUGCACUUAAUUUAACUUUUACAAUUAUGCGCUGGUUCGUCUGCAUUGAAAUUUUUAGAACACAGUCCACCAGUAUGCCCAUUCUGCACUUGAAUUUCAAACUAUUUGUUCAAAUGCAACCAAGGAUAUAUGAAAUAUUCAAUUAAUUCUAAAGUUAUGCUCAUAAUUUUAGUAUGCUCUAAUAACUGUCUGGAAUGUUACAAACCUGUUUUCAUUUUAAACAUAAUGUGCCUGUAAGCUUAAAUUCCCUUUUUUGUAUAAAAUGUGUAGAUAAUUUUUAAUGAAUGUUUAAUUAUGAAAAAGGUGACAGCUUUCAUUUUAAGCAGCAUUUUGCUGAUGCUACUGAGUCUCUAGUUUGUUGCUUAAAUUAGGUCAUUGCUAAAUGUUGCUGAACAGUGAUAGUUCUUGCUGUUAUGUAUAACUUUUCUAAUAAAAUACUUGUAUCGGUU